GGUGUGUUUGAAUAGAUGUAUUUUAGUACCUUUAUAUUAUUAUAUAUGUUGCACUAUUGAAUAUGAACUGUUAAAAUUUUACAAAUAGGUCAAAUAUCUCGCUAUGAGAAAUUUCAAAUCACUAGUUGCUGAUAUCGUUCGGCUAUACUUUAAAGACCCGCUUUUAUCUUUUGUGAUAGAGUUUAAUUUGUAGUUCUAUGUAUGGGUCAUUCGUUCUAUAGAUUUGCAGGGGCUAAUUUCUUUUGUUUUCGUGUAUGGACAAUCUCAAAGAAAAUUUCAUUAUUUGAAUCAGUGUCGUCGUGUCAAAUUUCAACAUAAUUUUUCAUUUAAUAACAAAACAAACUCUUUCCAUUUAUAAUCCAAUUAAUACGCGCUUCUUGGUCUUAUGGCAGGCCAACUUUUAUCACCUCACCGGCUGUGAAGUAUCGGCUAUCAUUUUCUAGCGAGCUUGCUUGUUAUAAUAAUAAUUAAUAGGUGCACAUACAGAACAGUUAUAUGCAUAAUCUGACCAAGAAAUUUAUAUUAAUGCAAGCCGAAAGCACAAAAGUUGCAAAACGUAAUUCCAAACAAAUAGUGCCAGCAGCCACAGCCAGCGUCCGUGUGCCGACGACCAGGAAUCGGUCGCUAGACAGAUUGCAUGCAUAUGCUGCAGCCGUAUUAAUUCUACAAAGCCGCAAAAACUCCAACACCGUUUUUGGCGCACCAAUAUUGCAAUCUCUUGUCGUGUGAGGGGCCGGGCGAGAAUAUUACCGUGUUCGACUUGGAUGUAUAUGACGGCGACUUACUAUAAGCUCACACAUCCUUGUAGUGUUUCAUAGUUUAAUUUUGGAGUCUUUAUUUCAUUUCAAAAUGCUUCAUCCUUGUAGUUAAGACAACGGUUUCCUAUUUAUUAACCACGAAUCUCUCCCUCGUACCUUAUUGAUUCUCGACAAUCAUCCGAUGCAUGGUUCUCCUUACCUUCAAACAACAGUACUUUGGAACUUUCCCAGAAUUUACGAGAUAGAAAGUUUAUGGAAAAAAAGAAAUGAAACAGAAAACAAGCCAAAGAGUUUUUUCUACAUCCACGCACCAAUAGCCCUAGACCCACAUGCCACCACUAGCUUAAUUGGCUCAAUUCCUUCCCUCCACAUAAUAUCCUCAAAAUCUUGUGUAAAAAAAAAAAACAAUUUGUAUCAUACUUUAAUCCAAUAUGUUUGUUAAUGUAAGAAAAUCAAAAGAAACAAAAUGAUAAAAACCCCCCAAUUCUUUUGACACUAUAAAAAUCACUCUUCCCUCAACCUUUCUGCCUAUUUAAUUAAGGAAACCCCAAAAUCGUCAAAAUCUCUCAAAAGAGAAACGCCCCUCAAAAGUACAGUAGAGAGAAUAAAAAAAAAACAGAAAAUGGGUUCGCUUCCCGAGGUAGUGGAAGACUGCAUGGGCGUGCUCCAGCUCUUUAGCGACGGCACCGUUUUCCGUCACCAAAACAUAGAUUUCCCCACCCAACCCGUCGACGACCAAUCCGUACUCCACAAGGACUGCCUCUUCUCCGAACCCCACGACCUCCGCCUCCGCCUCUACAAGCCCGCCUCCGCCUUCAACGACGACGACCGCCGCCUGCCCGUCCUCUUCUACUUUCGCGGCGGCGGGUUCUGCGUCGGUUCACGCGACUGGCCCAGCUGUCACAACGGCUGCCAGCGCCUCUCCUCCGCCCUCGACGCCGUCGUCGUGGCCCCGGACUACCGUCUGGCUCCCGAGGACCGGCUUCCGGCCGCCAUGGACGACGGCGUCGCGGCCGUGACGUGGCUGCAGUCUCAGGCAGCUGGCGGCGGCGAUGAGUGGUUUGGUAACGCUGACUUUGACCGUGUUUUCGUGGUGGGUGAUUCGUCGGGUGGGAAUAUUGCGCACCACGUGGCGGUUCGACUCGGGGCCGGUUCGUUGGGUUUAGGACCGGUACGGGUCAGAGGUUAUGUGCUGCUGGCGCCGUUUUUUGGCGGGGUUUCGAGGACCGAGUCGGAGGAAGGGCCGAGAGAGGAGAUGAUGAGUCUCGAGGAUUUGGAUAGGUUUUGGAGGCUGUCUUUGCCUGCGGGAGAAGACAGAGACCAUCCAUUGGCGAACCCAUUUGGAGCCGCCAGCUGCUGCAAGAAGCUUGAAAAGGUGGACAUGGAUCCGAUAAUGGUGAUCGUUGGCGAGCGUGAGCUGCUGAGGGAUAGGAGCCACGACUACGCUACGAAGCUAGCCGAGAUGGGGAAGAAAGUUGAGUACGUGGAGAUCAAAGGAAAGCAACAUGGUUUCUUCACCAACGAUCCUUACUCGGAGACGUCCCAUGAAUUGGUCGAUGUUAUCAACCGCUUCAUCCUCGACAAUUCGAGCUAGCUAGUAAAACGGGGGGAUUGAAACUAUCAAAAGAAAGGCACAUCGAUCUUUGGUUGGCAUGCUAUACGUUUUUAACGUCAAUUAUUGUAACUAGGGAUGGAGGAAGAGGGUUAGAGGGUGGGUUCGAAGGGGGAAAAAUGGUAAGUUACGUGUAAUAGUUAAUUAAGUAUGAAAAUAAUACGUAUUUAAAUGGAGAUGGUUGACUUUUUAAAUAUGUGAUGUAUGAUUUAUGAGUUGGGUAUUGGCGCAUAUUCAAUGUUUUUAUAAUGAGUUAUGUACAAAGGACAAUGGUUCACAUAUGAUCCGCCCAGAAUUAACGUUUUAUUUAUUCAAUAUCAACAGCAAAUUUCCACUGAAUCAUAGCUAAUUACUAAAGUGAUUCUAUUUCAAUCAGGGGGGUAGAGAGAGUGUACGAGGUGGCUCCUAAGGAAAUUAUUUUUUACUAAAUUAGUAUAAUAUUUAAUUGAGAAUGAAACUUAGGGCACUUUUAAUUGAGAAUGGUUGACCGAGAGAUCACUUGUUCGAAUCUCGGUGACCCCAUUUAAUUUGUUAAGCAGAUGAUAUUCGGAUUUGCAAAAACCUUAAGCACGUAUAAGUUGGUUUUCGUUAGCAGGGGAAGUGUUAGUAAAUACUAAAUAGUAUAAGGUCCAUUAUUAAAUCUUUCCCAACAACUCGAGUUAUUGAUACAAACUCUAUUGACAAAGAACAACAUUCAAAAGCAAAUGUCUAACGAAAUCAUGAAUAAUUAUUGGGUUAAUACCUUAUUUUGGCCCGAACUAUAAACAAACUUUCUAGUUUGGCAUGUGGUUUCUGAAAUUGCUCCCCUGGCCCGAACUAUGCAUCAUACUUCCUUACUUGGCCCUGCGCGGUUUUGACCGUUAGUCAAGCUCCACGUCACUUGCUACGUCAGCGAACCUGAAAUAAAAUUUUUGGAUUUUG